CGCCUGUGUUACGCAAUGGAUCGCCUGCGUGUGUGGCUGAGAGAAUAAACGCUCCUGUCUCAAACUAAUCACUCUCUUUGGACUGUGAGUGUGUGUGAGUUGUGAGUUGCUGGAAGUGCAAGCAGAGACCACGCCAAGGUUGAGGAUGAAGAUUGCUGUGAUUGGUCAGAGUCUGUUCGGUCAAGAGGUUUAUAAGGAGCUUAGAAGAGAUGGCCAUACCAUUGUUGGAAUAUUCACCAUCCCUGACAAGGACGGCAAGGCUGACCCACUGGCUACAGAGGCAGAAAAGGAUGGCGUCUCCGUGUUCAAGUUUCCUCGCUGGCGUCUAAAGGGCCAGGCCAUACCUGAGGUUGUGGCCCAAUACAAAGGCACAGCUGCUGAACUGAACGUCAUGCCCUUCUGCUCCCAGUUCAUUCCCAUGGAGGUUAUUGACCAUCCCAAACAUGGCUCCAUCAUCUACCACCCCUCACUGCUGCCUCGCCAUAGGGGAGCCUCUGCUAUAAACUGGACCUUGAUCCACGGUGACAAAAAGGGCGGGUUCACCGUGUUCUGGGCUGAUGAUGGACUUGACACAGGACCAAUCCUGCUGCAGCGGGAGUGUGAUGUUGAAGCAAAUGAUACUGUCAACACAAUCUACAAAAGAUUUCUCUUCCCAGAAGGAGUCAAAGGCACUGUAGAGGCAGUGAGGUUGAUUGCAGAGGGCAAGGCUCCACGGAUUCCACAGCCGCAAGAAGGAGCCACAUAUGAGUGCAUCCAGAAAAAAGACAAUGCAAAGAUCAACUGGAACCAUUCUGCUGAAGCUCUCCACAACUGGAUCAGAGGAAAUGACAAAGUUCCUGGUGCCUGGGCAGAAAUUGACGGACAGAAGGUGACUUUCUAUGGCUCCACAUUGGUGGAUAAUGGCACCAAUGCAAACGGGAAGCCCCUGGAAAUCAUUGGUGCAAAUCGACCUGGCAUUGUCACGAAAGAAGGCCUGAUGCUCUUUGGCAAUGACAAUAAGGCACUGUUGGUAAAGAAUGUGCAAUUUGAGGAUGGGAAGAUGAUAUCUGCCUCACAGUACUUUUGCACAGGAAGCAGUGCUGCUGUGGAGCUAACUGAGGAGGAAAAAAACUUUGCUGAACAGAUCAAGUCAGUGUGGCAGAGUAUUCUGACUAAUGUCAGUCAGAUUGAAGACUCCACUGAUUUCUUCAAGUCAGGAGCUGCCUCCAUGGACGUCGUCAGGCUCGUAGAAGAGGUGAAACUGUGUGCAAGUACCUGCCAAUUACAAAACGAGGACGUCUACAUGAACACCACCUUCCAGGAUUUUAUCCAGAUGUGUGUCAGGAAGCUUCGAGGGGAGGGAAAUGAAGAACUGAUCAUUGACUGUGUGGAGAAAAACAUCAACAACAUGACUGUGAAGAUGCCACAUCAGCUAUUCAUCAAUGGAGAGUUUGUUGAUGCCGAGGGAGGAUUAGUUUACAAGACCAUAAACCCAACUGAUGGGACAGCCAUCUGUGAUGUGUCCCUGGCGCAGAUUGGCGAUGUGGACAAGGCUGUUGCUGCUGCUAAGGAUGCGUUUGAAGAGGGAGAGUGGGGCAAAAUGAACCCAAGAGACAGAGGCAGACUCAUUUACAAGGUGGCUGAUCUGAUGGAGCAGCAUCAGGAGGAGCUGGCCACCAUUGAAUCCAUUGACUCUGGAGCUGUUUACACGCUGGCCCUCAAGACUCAUGUGGGCAUGUCAAUCCAGACCUUCCGCUACUUCGCUGGUUGGUGUGACAAGAUUCAAGGCAGCACCAUCCCAAUCAACCAAGCCAGACCCAACCGCAACCUCACCUUCACCAAGAAGGAACCAAUAGGAGUUUGUGCCAUUGUGAUUCCUUGGAAUUACCCUCUGAUGAUGCUGGCUUGGAAGACUGCAGCCUGUCUGGCUGCAGGAAAUACAGUUGUCCUAAAACCUGCACAGGUGACACCACUGACAGCUCUGAAAUUUGCUGAGCUGGCAGCAAAAGCAGGACUGCCCAAAGGAGUGAUUAAUAUUCUACCUGGAUCAGGCAAUCUGGUGGGUCAGCGCCUAUCUGACCAUCCUGACGUCCGAAAACUGGGAUUCACAGGUUCCACGGCAAUUGGUAGACACAUCAUGAAAAGCUGUGCAAUCAGUAAUGUUAAAAAAGUGUCAUUGGAGCUCGGAGGAAAAUCCCCUCUCAUCAUCUUCAGAGACUGUGACAUGGACAAGGCUGUGCGCAUGGGCAUGAGUUCAGUGUUCUUCAACAAGGGAGAGAACUGUAUAGCUGCUGGCAGGUUGUUUCUGGAAGAGAGUAUACAUGACCAGUUUGUGACGAAAGUGGUAAGGCAACUGAGAACAUUCUCAUUUGCAAUGCCGACCCAGCUGCAGACAGCAGAGUAACUAUAUGUCACACUUUUUUCCAUGGUUUGGCUGGUCCUGAGACUUAUACUCCGGAGCGACUUACAGCGGCUGAAAUAAGUAUUUAACACGUCAUCAUUUUUCUCAUUUAAUAUAUUUCCAAAGAUGCUAUUGACAUGAAAAUUUCACCAGAUGUUGGGAACAACCCAAGUAAUCCAUUCAUACAAAGAAAGUACAACAAAUAAGCUCAGAAAUUAAGUUGUGUGUAAUAAAGUGAACUGACACAAUAUUGAACAUGCGAACUGGUAUUUAUUUAAUAUUUUGUACAAAAGCCUUUGUUUGCAAUGACAGGUUCAAGACACCUCCUGUAUGGAGAAACUAAUCGCAUGCAUUGCUCUGGUGUGAUUUUGGCCCAUUCCUCCAAAUAAGUAGUCUUCAAAUCUUGAAGGUUCCAUGGGCUUCUUUAAUGGACCUUGAGUUUCAGUUCUUUCCAGAGAUUUUCGAUUGGAUUCUAGUCAGGUGCUUGGCUGGGCCAUUCUAGCAGCUUUAUUUUUUUUCUUUGAAACCAAUUGAGUGUUUCUGUGGCAGUAUGUUUUGGAUCAUUAUCCUGCUGAAAUGUCCACCCUCCUUGGCUCUUGGACAACUCUUCUGAUUAUUCUUUGCACUCCUCUGUCAGAAAUCUUGCGAGGAGUACCUGAUCGAGGCAAAUUUAUGGUGGUAUGAUUGGCUUUCCACUUACGUAUUAUGGCCCCAACCGUGCUCACUGGAACGUUCAGAAGGUUAGAUAUGCACUUGUAACCAAUGCCAUCGUUAUGUUUUGCAACAAUUAGUUUGCGAUGGUCUUGAGACAGCUCUUUGCUCUUACCCAUCAUGUUCUGUGUCUUGACUCACACCUUGGCAAUGAAACCUUUUUGUAGGCCAUCAAUUAGGACUGAACCAGCUGAUAUUCAUUUGCACCGACAAGGGGCUUGAUUGCUGAUUGAUUAUUGAUAGAUUUUAGAUGUUGUCUUAGCUUUCCAUGCCUUUUUGCACCUCCCUUUCUUCAUGUGUUCAAUACUUUUUCCCUGUGUCAUUUCACAUUUUUACACACAACUGAAUUUCUGAUCUUAUUUGUUCUACUUUCUUUGUAUGUAUGGAUUACUUGGGUUGUUCCCAACAUCUGGCGCAAUUUUCAGGUCAAUAGCGCCUUUGAAAGUAUAUUUAGUGAGAAAAAUGGUGGCGUGUUAAAUACUUAUUUCAGCCACUGUAAAUAUUAAAAUAUAUAAUUUCACAUGUUCAAUAUUUUCACACUGACAGCCGUGAGAGGGCGGUCUUGGCUUCUGUGGCAGUAUCUACUACUCCUACUCCUGUACCACUGAAAAUUUUAAAUGUAAACAUUAACUUUUAAAGACAACCAAGAAAGACAGAACACAAAUGCAAACCAAAAGAACAUCAUACUCUGCAGACUACCAGCUGUAAGUACUGAAAUAUGCAGUCAAAAACGGGAAUCAGACAUGCAAAUCUCCACCUGCACCUGAUGCCUGCUUCAAGCUCUGCCUCAUGAAUACUGAAGCAUCCUCCUCUUUAAGCACUUUCAUUCUGGAAAACAAUUGACUAAAAUCAUUUUCUGUUUCACUUCAUUUUUCACAAUUGCCAACUUCAAAGACUCAUCCCAAAUGCAUCCUCCAGGAAAAUAUUAUGUACAAUAUUUUUCUGUUUUUAUUGGCCAUUUCUGAUCUUGAAAUUAGUUCAUUCUGUGUUGUGACAUAAUCCCUAACAUUGCUCCGUCGCUUUAUACAUUUAACAUUAACAUCGGUAAACUAAUUAGAUAAUUGUAGGCGCGUUUCCUAAUUAAUACAAGAUGUCCUAGCGGAUCAACUCUUGUCGCCAAUGUGUGAGCUUCGCGGUUCCGCUGGGACCGCAACCAGGGCCACGACUCGCAGCACCUUAACGCAAAAAUACAAAAGACCAGUGCAACAAAUACGACACGGGCUGAUCUGAUGAGCAAAAAUGUUGCUUUAACGUAACAGUAGCAAUAGAGGAUGUCCGCUCCAUCAGACUCUUGUGAGGGACUGGCAAAAAGCGGAGGAUACUCUAACUGAAAUGAAGAAAACAAAAAAAGCUAAUCGCAGGCUAAAAGCUAGAUGGCCACAGCUAGGGGAACAAGUUCACAAACGGGUGCUUUAACAACGUGCUGCCGGGAGAGGCUUGUCAACGAUGCAGUUACCUCUCCACACCCAGGUAGUUGCCAAGGCGAUGAAGAUAAAUGACUUUGCGGGAGGUGUUACCGCUUCAUGCAAUGCCACCGCCUCACUACAGAGCAUGGAAAAAAGUUGUCCCAAAAACUGCCAGCAGACUUCCAAGCCAAGGUCGACAGUUUCUGUGAGUUUCUUAAAAAGUAUGUUUUGAGCACAACGUGACACCGGAUCAUAUUAUUAACAUGGACGAGGUCCCCUUCAUGUUUGACAUCCCUUUUGGUCGAAGUGUCGCAGAGAAAGUGCAAAAGAAUGUGAAUAUAGGGACAACUGAUCAUGAGAAAUCACACUUUACAGUGGUGCUGGCAUGUUGUGGAGAUGGAUCAAACUUGCCAAUGGUAACUUUUAAACGGGAAACCAUGUCAAAAAUCCAAACCCCCUCAGUUGUCGUGGCCCUGAAUGAGAAAGGGUGGAUGGAUCAAGAAAUGAUGAACUUGUCCUGUCCUUCCCUCACAGGGUGUAGCACGACUGCCCCAUACAACAGUCAUAUCUAAUGUGUCAUUCUUCUAGGUAUGUAAUGAUUUACUUUCCUCAUCUUGUUUACAGUUAGUGCUUUGUCUUUCGUUGUCUUCUUUUCCCACUCCG